AUGGUUGUCUACAGCAAAGUUACCGUUGCUCUCACUUGCUUCUCGGCCGUUGCCUCAGCUGCAGCUGUGCCGGUGAAGAGCCCUCGCAAGGGCUUCACCGUGAACCAGGUGAACAAGACUCCUACCGGUACCAGAACCGUCAACUUGCCUGGUGUGUACGCCAAUGCACUGGCCAAGUAUGGUGCUACUGUGCCGGCCCACGUCCACGCUGCUGCCGAGAGCGGUAGUGCCAUUACUACUCCCGAGGAUGGCGACGUUGAGUACCUCACUCCUGUCACCAUUGGCGAGUCCACCUUGAACUUGGACUUCGAUACUGGCUCUGCCGAUCUCUGGGUCUUCUCCACUGAUCUCUCGGCCUCCGAGCAGAAGGGCCACGACGUCUACGACGUUAGCAGCAGCGGCAAGAAGCUGGCAGGCUCUUCCUGGUCCAUCUCAUACGGCGAUGGCAGCUCUGCCAGCGGUGAUGUCUACAAGGACACUGUCUCCGUUGGUGGAGUCAAGGCCACCGGCCAAGCCGUUGAGGCAGCCAAGAAGAUUAGCGAUCAGUUCUUGCGGGACAAGAACAACGAUGGUCUGCUGGGUCUGGCUUUCAGCUCCAUCAACACCGUCUCGCCUAAACCUCAGAAGACUUUCUUCGACACUGUCAAGGCUGACCUUGACUCGCCGCUGUUCGCUGUGACUCUCAAGCACGGCGCCCCUGGCACCUAUGAUUUCGGCUUCAUCGACAAGAAGAAGUUCAAGGGAGAGCUUGCCUAUGCCGAUGUUGACAACUCCCAGGGCUUCUGGUCUUUCACUGCCGACAGCUACAAGGUCGGCAACGGCGCCGCCGGUCCCUCUAUCGACGGAAUUGCUGACACUGGAACCACCCUCCUCCUGGUCGAUGACGAAGUUGUCUCCGCCUACUACGAAAAGGUUCGCGGCGCUCAGAACGACCAAUCUGCUGGUGGCUAUGUGUUCCCUUGCGACGCUCAUGUGCCUGACUUCACCGUGACCAUCAAUGGCUACGACGCCGUUGUUCCCGGUAAGCACAUCAACUACGCUCCCGUCUCGACUGGUAGCUCCUCUUGCUUCGGUGGUAUCCAGAGCAACUCUGGCCUUGGUUUCUCCAUCUUCGGUGACAUCUUCCUCAAGAGCCAGUAUGUCGUUUUCGACUCUGAAGGACCCCGUCUUGGCUUCGCCGCUCAGGCAUAA